GAGGAGGAUCCUUAGACUGGUUGCUUGCUUGCCUGGAUGUUGUUUAGUUUGAGUUUCCCAUCAGUGCCACAACAAGUGCAACCGCAGACGUAAAAAAGAAGUUUAAACAUGAAGCGUUACCGUGUCAAUGUAGAAGCUAUGGUCCUUCUCUUUGUUGGUCUCAUGUGCCUUUUAUUUCUUGUUCAUGACGCCAAUGAGCCGCCAGUAUUACAGCAUGAGAAACUCUCCUUUGCUCGUCCAUCUCGUCUCACUGCUGAAUCUCCAUCCUUACAACAGUUGCAGUGGAUAUCAAAGUGCCAGGAAAACGCAUCUGUGGAAAAUAUUGAUGGGUUUUCGAAAUUACCAUCUCAUGUUAAAGACUUCUUGAAGUACAGGCACUGCAGGACUUUCCCUCUGAUAUUGGAUUCUCCCAAGACGUGUGGAGGGUCAGUUGCUUCUAAGAAUGUUUUCCUACUUCUUGCUAUUAAAUCCUCACCAGCCAACUAUGAGCGAAGAUCUAUUAUUAGACAAACAUGGGGAGAGGAGGGUGCCUACAACGGUGUUCAAGUGAGGAGAAUCUUUCUUUCAGGAAUUCCCAAGAAUCAGAAGGAUGAGAAACGUAUGAGACAACUCUUGACCCUCGAAAGCCAAAUGUAUGGUGACAUAUUGCAGUGGGAAUUCCAAGACACUUUUUUCAACCUGACCCUAAAACAGGUCUUGUUUCACCAGUGGCUUGAAGACAACUGUCCUGGAGUGCAUUUUAUAUUCAAUGGAGAUGAUGAUGUUUUUGUCAAUACUUUCAAUGUAAUCACGUACUUGCAUGGCUUAGGGGAAGGGGGAGGGAACAAGCACCUCUUUGUUGGACAGCUGAUAGCUAAUGUGGGCCCUAUAAGGGAGGCUGGAAGUAAGUAUUAUGUUCCUGUGCAGAUCACUACUUCAAACUCCUAUCCUAUGUACUGUGGAGGUGGAGGAAUACUCAUGUCCCGUUACACCUCCCAAGCCAUAUAUAAUGCAUCACAAAGUAUUGACCUUCUCCCUAUUGAUGAUGUGUAUCUGGGUAUGUGUCUGGAGAAAGCAGGUCUGGUACCAGCAUCCCACAUAGGCAUGAGCACAGUAGGCAUAAGGGUACCUUCCAACAAGUUGGAUCCUUUUGACCCUUGUUAUUAUAGAGAGCUUUUGAUGGUGCAUCGCUUUGUGCCAUAUGAGAUGCUGAUCAUGUGGAAGGCUGUGCAAGAUCCCAACCUGGAUUGUGGAAAGAAAAGUUCAAUCUAUGUUGGUGUAUAAAUGGACACGGUGCUGACAAUGUAUAGAUCCUAAAAGGAUGUUCUAGUGCAAAGAUGGUAAAAGGCUGUAAUAUGUGCCACUAUUUAUUUACUCCCCACAAAGGAGUUAAACACAUGGCUUAACUGCUGGUCAGGAGCCAUAGUGCAUUGCCACUUUUGAUCAGGACAUUUUGUAAACAAAUUAAGAACAGUAAACACAUGUCGCCGUCAAUCACUACCUGCGUCCUGGCAGCACAGCUCCUCUAGAACUUUAUAUGUUUAACUCAUUUUCAGGGGUUAAAACGCUUAAGUAGGUGUGUGCAUUAUUGUAAGAAUAAAAUGCUCCCAACACAUAAGAAAAUUUAAUUUAUGUACUGUUAUAUCUCUUAUAAUAUGGCUGCUUUAUAGAAUUAAUUCCAAUGGAAGUGUAAGAAUGUAUGGUAACAAUUUAUAAUUUAUGUAAUGCUGAAGGAAUUAUUGCAAACUUUUUUUUUUUUUCUCUCCAAAUUUGUGAUCUUUUUUCUGAAACAAGUAUUUUGGCUUAUGUGAAUUUGGAGAGCUAAUGUGGGAACAAAACUGACCAGUUUUUGAUAAAACACUUUUUUUUUUUUUUUUAACAAAAUGAGUAUUGUACCUUUAUGUGUAUGAAUAUAUAUGUAAUGUGUGUUCUUGGGCCUCAUGAGGUGCAACUGUUUGUUUAGGCACAUCACAAAUGUAUAUACAGUAUAUAUCAUUAUGUGUUCUUGCUAUACAAUACUCCCAUUCUUCCACCAGUAGUCUACAAAGCUUUUCAAAUAAAGAGAUUAGAUAUG